CCGCGGGGCCGGGACGGCGCGGAGCGCGGGCGGCUGGCAGGGGCGCGCGCGGGCCGGCGCGAGCAGCUGGGCUCGGCGCAGCCAGCCAGGCGGCGCUCCUGCGGGCCCCGAACGUGCGGCUAGCCGGGCCCAGCGCCCAGCCCCGCGGGCGGCGGCGGCGGCUGGAGUGCAGGCGCAGGAGCAGGCGCGGGAGAGCGGCGCGGCAGGGAGGGAAGCCAGGGCGAGGCGAGGAGGUGGCGGGAGGAGGAGACAGCAGGGACAGGUGUCAAAUAAAGGAGGGCUCUCCUUAGCUGCCGAGGCAUCAUGGCCGCUAAGUCAGACGGGAGGCUGAAGAUGAAGAAGAGCAGCGACGUGGCGUUCACCCCGCUGCAGAACUCGGACAAUUCGGGCUCGGUGCAAGGACUGGCUACCGGCUUGCCGUCGGGUCCCGGAGCCGAGGACGCGGAGGCGGCUGGGGGCGGCUGCUGCCCGGACGGCGGCGGCUGCUCGCGCUGCUGCUGCUGCUGCGCGGGGAGCGGUGGCUCGGCGGGUUCGGGCGGCUCGGGCGGCGGCGGCCCGGGCGGCGGGGCAGGCUCGGCGGCGCUGUGCCUGCGCCUGGGAAGGGAGCAGCGGCGCUACUCGCUGUGGGACUGCCUCUGGAUCCUGGCCGCCGUGGCCGUGUACUUCGCGGACGUGGGAACGGACAUCUGGCUCGCCGUGGACUACUACCUGCGAGGCCAGCGCUGGUGGUUUGGGCUCACGCUCUUCUUCGUGGUGCUGGGCUCGCUCUCUGUGCAAGUCUUCAGCUUCCGCUGGUUUGUGCACGAUUUCAGCACCGAGGACAGCGCCACGGCCAUGGCCUCCAGCUGCCAGCAGCCUGGACCGGAUUGCAAGACAGUGGUCAGCGGUGGGUCUGCAGUUGGGGAAGGCGAGGCUCGCCCUUCUACGCCGCAGAGGCAAGCAUCCAACGCCAGCAAGAGCAACAUCGCCGCCACCAACAGCGGCAGCAUCAGCAACGAGGCCACCCGGACCAGCAGCAAACACAGGUCCUGUUCCUUCUGUAUCUGGCUUCUGCAGUCCCUCAUCCACAUCUUGCAGCUCGGGCAAGUCUGGAGGUAUUUGCACACGAUCUACUUGGGUAUUCGGAGUCGGCAGAGUGGGGAGAGCGGCAGGUGGCGGUUCUACUGGAGGAUGGUGUACGAGUACGCCGAUGUGAGCAUGCUGCACCUGCUCGCCACCUUUCUGGAGAGCGCUCCGCAGUUGGUCCUGCAGCUCUGCAUCAUCGUACAGACUCACAGCUUACAGGCCCUCCAAGGUUUCACAGCGGCAGCCUCCCUUGUGUCCUUGGCUUGGGCCCUAGCCUCCUACCAGAAGGCUCUCCGGGACUCCCGAGACGACAAAAAGCCCAUCAGCUACAUGGCCGUCAUCAUCCAGUUCUGCUGGCACUUCUUCACCAUCGCAGCCAGGGUCAUCACGUUCGCCCUCUUCGCCUCAGUGUUCCAGCUCUACUUCGGGAUCUUCAUUGUGCUCCACUGGUGCAUCAUGACCUUCUGGAUCGUCCACUGUGAGACGGAGUUCUGCAUCACCAAAUGGGAAGAGAUUGUGUUUGACAUGGUAGUGGGCAUCAUCUACAUCUUCAGUUGGUUCAAUGUCAAGGAAGGCAGGACACGCUGCAGGCUGUUCAUUUACUAUUUUGUAAUCCUUUUGGAAAACACAGCCUUGAGUGCCCUCUGGUACCUCUACAAAGCUCCCCAGAUUGCAGACGCCUUUGCCAUCCCGGCACUGUGUGUGGUUUUCAGCAGCUUUUUAACGGGCGUUGUUUUUAUGCUGAUGUACUAUGCCUUCUUCCACCCCAACGGGCCCAGAUUUGGGCAGUCACCAAGUUGUGCUUGUGACGACCCUGCUACUGCCUUCUCUCUGCCUCCAGAAGUGGCCACAAGCACUCUACGGUCCAUCUCCAACAACCGCAGUGUUGCUGGCGACCGCGACCAGAAGUUUUCAGAGCGGGAUGGAUGUGUCCCUGUGUUUCAGGUGAGACCAACCGCACCACCCACCCCGUCAUCUCGACCGCCACGGAUUGAAGAAUCAGUCAUUAAAAUUGACCUGUUCAGGAAUAGGUACCCGGCGUGGGAGAGACACGUGUUGGACCGGAGCCUGAGAAAGGCCAUUUUAGCAUUUGAAUGUUCCCCAUCUCCUCCAAGGCUGCAGUACAAGGACGAUGCCCUUAUUCAGGAGAGGCUGGAGUAUGAAACCACUUUAUAAAACAGAAGAAGCCACAAGAUCCCCAUGAAGAGAUGACAGCAGGGCUGUGGCAAUAGUGACCCUUCAUCAAAGUGCAGGGCAACGAGCUAUGUGUUCUUAGUCCAAACAUUGUCAUGGUAUGGUUUGAUCUUCCAUUAGCUGACUGCCUAUGGCUGGUGUCCCAUUCAAGAAGGCAGUGCUGAGAGUCUCUUACUCCACCUAAAGGGGCAAUGCCAGCCUAAUAUGACUGUUGUUACCAAAUUCCUCCAGCACAGGCUUGGAGCACAUUCACCGGAGGGUACCAUUAUUAUGAAAAAAAAAAAAAUGUUGCCUCUAAUCAUUAAGGUAUUUUGAUGGAGUUUACUGAUGUUUGUAUAAGUAUGUUCAUACGUACACACACACAUACACCUCCACCACCACCACCACCACCACUAUGACCACCAGCACCACCAGCGCUCUAUCAAGAGUUGAAGUGAAGCUGGAGAGAUGACCCAGUAGUUAAGAGCACUGACUGCUCUUCCAAAGGAGCCAGGUUUGAUUCUCAGCACCCACUUGGUGGCUCAUAACUGCCUGCAACUCCAGUUCCAGGAGCUCCAAUGCCCCCUGUUGGCCUCCUCUGGCACUGCACACACAUGGUGCACAGACAUAUAUGCAGGCAAAAUACCCAGACACGUAAAAUCAAAUUAAAUUUCAAAAAAAAGAGCUUAGGUAAUUUCCUUGAUGCAAAGUUCACAACAGACUCCGGGAAGGAAGCAACAGUGCUUAGAAAGAUGUCAUAAACCAUUUUCUCAUUGGAAACCAGUAGCAUAUGUGGCGAAGCCUGUGCAGGGGAUGGCAAACUCAAGUGUUUACACAUAUACUAGCAUUGAUCAAAUGGUUCUCUUUCUACACAUUUCAGGAUUUGUUUCUUACUCUAGGUUUUGCAGUUGAGGGCAUCUUUUAUGACAGAAAUCCUAUGCAGCCCAUGUGUGGCUUUGGAUGAGACCAAGUAGCUCAAAUCCAUGAUGGAAAUUAAAUUAUAGUCACGAUUCAGUAUUCAAUAGCAAAACUACAGUUUAUAUGCAAAGAGGAGGGGCAGAAGGAGAGUCAGAUUCUCAGGGGUGUGCAGUUGGUAUCAGAAUGCACCCACAGAGCCGCGGGAGAGGGAGGGCUGUUUCCAGGUACAGAGUGAGCAUGGCGAGUUGAUGUGAUUCUGGAAACCACAUGCCACGUCCUCCUAGAGUCAAACUGUGUCCAGCCCACAGAACUGAUAUGGAAUCCCCCAAAACAGAGAAGAAGUGGCAUCCCAAAGCAGACAAGAGAAGAAUAAUGAGGUUGUCCAGCUCUGUACAGACUUACCCUCUCCCACCCAAGGUCAAAGUGAUGUGUCUCUUCAAGACUUUGGGAAACCUUUUAGCAGGCGUGAGCACACAGAUGCAGUGUGGAUGCUUUAAGGAAACGGCCUGGACUGCUUGAGGGCAUACCACUCCAUCAGCUAAGAUGUGUACUCAAAUCAUCUGUAAAGUCUUGCUCUUACCACAAGCUUCUAAGUUUUAAAUACCUCCGUCCAGCAAGUAAACAUUCCCGCUUUCUGUUCUCAGUGUCCUUGGUCAUGGUGCUUUGCGUUGCAUUAAAAGUGCCGGUCAAACUUUGAUAGUAUUUUUUUAUAGUUGGUGCAGAGUGGAAUAACUCAUGGAUUAUUUCAAUAUUUUUGUAAUAAAAAUAUAGGGUGUACAUAUAGGCAUUGUUGCUUUUUUUAUAGACUUGGAAUUAUUUAAAAUACAUUAAAUGUCAUCUUCACUUGGGAUGUCAGAAUCCGGUCAACAGAUUCAUCAGCCUGCCUCAGCAGAUUGAAAACACUUGGCCCUGGAGACAUCACCUUCCUUUUUGCAAUUUGACGGCCCAGGAAUCUGACCAGGGUGCUAUCAGAGCAUCAAGUAAAGAGGGAAGUGGCCUAAUUAGAAAGGGCUUGCGAAGACUGAUCAGUGUCUCCCAGGAAAUCAAAGAUGGAAGUGAUUUCGUUCAUCCAUCCAUUAAGAACAAUCUGACCACAGUGGAAGAUGUCUUAAACUUCCUUCCCUGGUUUUAUACUAACCCAACUGAUGUAUUAAAGAUUAGUCAAGUCAUUAAAAAUAAAAAAGGAAGAAAGUCAGUUUCAUUUAAUUCUUCACUGAAAAUAGUCAAGAUCUAGAGCUACCACCCAUAAUGAAUGAGUCAUCCAAAGACUGUGGUCCCCAAAGUAACAUCCACAGGAAGGGACAGAGGGCUCAAAGCAAUUUUUUAAGACAGACAAUUUUUAUCAGACAAAUUUCCUAAUACUCAAUGAUUUGACCCUUCAAGCAAGAUUUCCACUACAAUUCACUAAUCUUUUGUUGGAAUGAAGAAAUAUUCCCUUGCUGCCAGUAAAGCUUCAGGAGGACCCUCGUCUUCUAGGCAAAUGGUGGACAUUAUCCUGUUCCAGUGUAGAAGGAAACCACGAUCAUUUGGGCAGUUCUCCGCCAGUGUGCAGAACCAUGCGCUAUCGACUUCAUUAGUUCCAAGACAACUUUCUACUGAUGAGCUUUGGAGUCUGCCUUUCCCAAGGGAUCUACAGCUCUGAUUGUGAGUGAACAACCGUUAACGUCACCAUAGUGACCAUCCAAACAAGCCAAUGGGAGCGCCCACUCUUGGAUCACGAAACACCUUGGAACUUGUCAAGUUUUACUGGAGAUGAAUUGCAGUUCAUUGAUCCAACAGACACUUAAACCUUGGAAAUUCUUGACUUGUACUAUUGUAAUCAAGCUACCAGGAGAGAUCACGAAUCAGCAGAUGGCAGAGGAGCACUUGUUCAGUGCUGUGCCCUGACGUGUCCACGCCUGAAGAGAACGACCUCUGAGAAGCAGAGCUGAGGAAAUCGUGCUACCUGGUCUCUCACCACAAAUGCCGUCAGUGUCUGUGGUAUCCAUCCUCUUUCUUUACCUUUUCUAGUAAGAACUGCUUUAAAAAAAAAAUAAGCCAAGGAAUUCCUGGGGGCUUGUAUAGCUCAGAGAGAUGGGUAUGGGUCAAAGGGACUUGCUUCAAGGGGAUGGAAACCCACUUGGAAAUGAAAAGAGUCUGUCAUCUUUUAAUAACUGAUCUUGAGUACCAUCGCCGCUUUUGGUUUGUUCCACGUCAGCAUGAUAAUAACCAAUGUGUAAAGCUUUCGUUGAUAAUUCAGUUUCAAAGGUGAAAUCUGCAGUUUGAACUUAAAGGGGUAGUUACAGAGUAAUUUGAUGCCUGACUUCCUAAAUGGUAACAUUACCAGUUCCAAGCCAGUAUCCAUUUCAACAAGGAAUUAACUAGCUUAUGGCUUCUCAGAUCACAUACAAUCUCGGUUAUGACCUGAAAGGUGACCAACCUAAUGCUAACAUUUUCAUUUACAAGAAGACAGGCGGACGGAGAAUUUACAACCGUGAUUUCUUUCAUUUCUCUUUUUCAAAUAAAGGUGAAAAUGAAGUUGUCAGAGUUCAGUUAUAGAGUAUGUGAGAGUGUGACGUGCGUGUGGCCUUAUUAAACUUUCCUUAUACUCUUUUGGCUUCGGUUUUAGAAGGUAGAUCUAGAUAAAAGAGUAAAAGUCGUCAAGUGUGUCCAUUAAGUGCUUUGGAAGAAGAAGAUGGAGUGCGGAUCGUUGUGUCCCCAUAAAAGCACCCUGGUGGCUCUCGCAGGAUGUUCCCAGAGCUUCUGAGAGCACCUCCUAGGAAUCCAUGCUGGUACCCAGGCGAGUGUUUUUGAGAGUGAUCUCUGUAUGUAACCAUUAAAAUUGAAUGGUAGAAAGGUAACCUUCACAGGCCAGACAACCAGAACUAACAUGCUGAAAAAUGCUUGUUUUCUAAACCUACCCCCUCCUGUGUAAUGUACCAUGAACUGGUUAACUGUGGGGACAUAGGAACAAUAACAGUGCUCCCUAAUAAGGCUUAGGAGUACGUGUGACCAUAAUCGUGUUGGGUACCAGGAUAGAAGAUUUCUAACAAAGUACAGAGCCAAGAAAAACCUCUUCAUCUCUUGUUAGGAACACUUAAGUUUUUGUUUUUUUUUAAAGUAGCCACGUAAACUAAUUUCUGCCAUUCCGUAAUUAUGGCAAUGCACAUGUCCUCUUAUAAAGGAACAAGGCCUGGCUAAUGUGGGAAGAUGGGGGUCAUAUAGGAAGCUCCAUUUCAAGACUGGCUCUUUCUAAGAAAACCUUAGCUCUGAUGGUUUUCCUUGAUUAGUGAUCCUGUAAUGCUCUGUACAUCAAGAGCUUCUGGUGAAUUAUAAAACAAGAGAUUAUAAAUCGCCCUUACUUAUUAAACAUAAAGUAUUUAAUUAUCCCUCUGUUAAUAACAAUGAGAUUCAGGGUUACCAUGGCCUUAUUCACCAUCCCAUUGUAAAUUAUGUCCAUCACAACAGGUCUCUGUUCAAACACACACAACCCAGUUCAGCCAGUAUCCUUCUCGCAACACAGUUUGGCUUUGAUUCCAUCAGUCGGCCACCUGAUCUGUGCGCCUAUUCCGAGACUCCUAAGUCUGCGCAAGUCAUUUUCAGAACAACAGAAGAAAACAAAAGAACAGUUAUGCAAUUUUCCCACCGAGACAAAAUACACUAGACUAUUGAUCACCCCAAAGGUCUGACUGUUCCUCAUGACUGGCUUCUUUGAAUUUUCCAGAUGAUUACCGAGCAAUUUUCACCAAACCAAAGUAGACACUGUAGCGUUCUUUAAAAGUAAAGACUGUCCAUCUGAAUGCAAUACCCCUAGGAGUAAUCAAGAAGUCGGCCACUCAAGCAGCACCUAUGGUUUUGUCGUGGCAUGCAAUUGGAAACUCUCUGCAAGAGUCCAGGAGUUCCAAGUUUAUGGUUUCCCAUCCUGUUGUCUGGUGUGCACACAGACAAACUGCUCAGGUGUGGCCGGUGGAACUUAACUUUCUGGCGUAGGAAUCUUUUGUUGGAGACAUUCUGCUGCUAAUGAUUCUCUUUGCUGUGCAAAGAGAAAUAAAUCAUGCAGAGCAAUUGUGGUCUACUUUUAUUUUCUUUCUGAAGGUGUGGGUGGAAGAGGUCGGGUGGCUGGGUGUCGGGUGUUCUAAACACAACUGCGUGAGGACCUCCUGAACAUGGCUGUUCUUGGAGACCUUGAGGCAGCUUUCCUACACAAGGAAACUUCUUUUAGCCUUUGCUAGAAUUAUGUUUUGUUAUUUUGUCAUUAUUCUGCUGUUUGUAAAUCUUAAAAAUUUACAAAAUCUACCGAAGAGAAUGGUUUAAGGAAAAUACAAAAUUUUUAACUUUUUAUUGUUCAAAUACAACUCUUUAUUUUACGUGUCACUUAUAAUAUCUUAAAGCUAAAAUUGUUUAAAUUGUUUGAUAGAAUUACUUCAUGGUGAAUGUUAUGACUACAGUUGUAGGAGAAAGGUUAUUUCCCCAAAUCAAACAAGUUGUUUGGGAUUCGAUUUGCUGAGGUCAUUCCAGUUUACAAGUGCUCGCUGCUUACUGUGAAUAUUGUAAUGUGAGGGUUUCCCUAGUUAAUCCUUGCCACGUUUCUCCAGGAACGGGGAAACAGACAUGCUGACCGCGAAGGAAAGCCGCCUUCCAGAAGGAGGGCUUCAGGCCUUAACACUGACCCAGGUGUGUUGAUUCCUGGUAACCUUGGAGAAUUGAUCCCGCUCCUUCUGAGCUGCUGGGUGGUGAAGAUGCGAAUGUCCUCAAGUCCAGUGAAGUUUGGCAGCAAAACACAACCUGUCUGACCUAUUUCCCUUUGAGAGCUCUUCAGCGACUCAGUGUACUCUGAGGCCCUUGUUGUAGGUGAACAAAGAUCUUGAAGAGGAAUUUGGCUAUGAAAACAUCUUGAAAGAUUUCCAAAAACAGUGCAAAGGUUCCCAAGGACCUAGGGAGGGUUUGCAUUGUGUGAAAUCCUACGUUCAGAGUCAAGAAUAACAUCAUGAGCAGAUGAUGAAAUUCCUCUCGAGUCUCUCCUUUCUUUAGAUGUAGUUACCUGAGCACCUAAACCUCACCACUAAGCCAUGUUUGUCCACUGCUACUAUGCUGUUUUGUACCCUACCCUGAACACAGCUGUGACCACAGUUGAGGUGCCCACGACCCCCCAAACACUGCUUACAUGCACCCUGAAGGUUUUGGCUUUCCUUUUUCUCUUGGGAUUUUUAAAUCAUCAGUCUCCGCACCUGUGUGGUACAGGUGAUAUUAAAAAAAAAAAAAAAAAAAAAAAAAAAAAAAACGAGUAAUUGAUUGGAAGUCGCACACAGAAAAGCUGUUUCCUUUAUGGUCUUCGAUUAUGAGGAGAUUGAUGUGAAAUUUAUAGAUUAGUAGGAAAGCGGAAAUCCCUGUGUUGAACAUUAUGAUUGUUUUUCAUGUGUUUAAAGAUAUUAUAUGAAACAAUAUCUUUUUACACUAUGGCGUGUAUUCCAUUCUGGGUACAGGCAUGAGGGCUUGUGGCAGAGACAGCAGUAAAGAAACCAAGAAUCUGUCCACACCUGGGUCCUAACCCCUACUCUAGCUCUUUACCUCACACUUACUUUGGCCUCAUUGAUUCCAUAUAAAAGAGUGAGGAUAUUUGUUUACCUACCUCAUAGGGCGUUGUAAAAAAUGCGAGAGCUGGUAAAGACUUGGGUUAGAGAGUACCACGCCUCUCUCUAAGUAGCAGGAGCGUGGAGAACCUUGUGUGCCACAGAGCUGAGAGGGGUGAGAAAUAGCUGUUCCAGUUAACACAAGAAACUUUUCCCUUAGAGGUCUAGGUAGAAAUUAUCAGCCUUUAAUGAGAACAAGCAGCUCUCAUAUAGACCUGGAGUGUCUCCAGGAAGAUAGGCCUCUUCUCAAUCACAUCGAAUUGUACUAAGUGUUCGUAAAUACAUCUAGAAAACCUGGCCCUUUCUGAUACCUCAGGAGUUGCAUGGCUGCCCCCAAUUUUUAGAAACAGGUACAGUCUAACUGGUGAUACCAACUGAAAUUCUAGAACCGAGUCCUGGAUGGCUAUAUUAUUAAGAUUUGAUUUGGAAUGAUUUAACUGGGUUUGUGUUUCAUUCCUAACACAACACCUUUGCCACAGAAGAACGUUGGAGCUCCCUUCCUGUUUAGUACUCUUGAGCUGAUUUGGCUUCACGUUAGAAAUGUAUUUCAAACAUUUCAGAGAAGUGCUUGUACAAUAGCUUCAGCAAUAUAUUGAAAUGAGUGGACCUGCAUAAAUGCAAUACACAGAAGUGAGUUCUAUGAAAGAUUUAAAAAGGCAGGAAGAUGUAGGAAAAACAGCCCCAGUGAAAUUUUGGACACCUCUACCAAAGCAAUGUGUCCCCUUGCUUUAAUGACUAAACUUAACCAGAACUAAAUGUAUACAAUAUGAGUUGGGGCUAUAAACAUUUGCAAGUUUUGAGUCAUAGGGGCAAUACUGUGAAGUAAGAAUAUACCCAUGAAACUAUGCUAGAACUAGGGGUAAUAUUUUAAGGAUGUGGCUUCUUUUGGUACCCUUGUUUAACAAUUAUACUCAUCUACAAAAUAAAUUUUAUAGUCUUAAAAAUUGAAAUAGUUUCCAAAUUUUCCCUUGAGGAAUGAAUUCAAAAUCAUACUGCACUUGAAUUACAUACUAUGUUGACUCCGAUAUAAUCUCUUCUGGACUCUAAAAUUUAUUUUCCAUUGGACUUAAAUUUAAAUUAAGAUUUAAAUUUUCAAAUUGGUUAAACAUUUCUAAUGCAUGACAUUAGGCUUUCUGCAGCAUGAGUAUAUCAUAGAAAAUUGUGUGACACCUUCAAACUAUCUGCACUGCCAGAAUAAACUGUUAGCACAGACUGGUCAUGUAAGCACCAGGCAUGAGUCAAAGGUAAUUUGGAUAUUCCUCAAUUUCUAUCCCCUUCUGGUAUCAAUAUUUUUCUACCCAAAAUGCAAAAGUGUAUCCUUUCUCUCAUGAAACUAAAGAUCAGUUUUUAUUCAGUUUUAUACAGAAACCUGAAGUCAACUAUUCGGUUGAAUUUCAGGUGGGUUUUCUGGGAUUAGCGCAAGGCCGUGGAGAGAACAUGCAACGGAGAGGUUUUAUCACCAAGUGCAGCACAGAACCUAAGCAUGCCAGGGCUGGACAGCUCUGGGAAGCAAUGGCUUAGGGUUUUCACCAGCAGAGAAAAGCACAGUGCCAACAACGCGUCCUUUAGCACAGAUGCAUGUGAUUACUCACCCCAGGCCCAUCAUUCGGCAAGCGCCACAUAUCUGAUUGUUUGUAAGUACAACUGCCAAGUUCUAUGGCUGCAUCUGGCUAACAUUCUUUUCAAUGAACAAGUGAUAAACCCGGACACACAGAGAUAAAUUGUCGUCUGAUUAAAAGAAAAAUCUCCCAGUUUAUUUAUAUCAACUAUAUCAAUAAUGUAUUACCUUCACAAAGCUUUCUCAUUCACUCUUUGGUCAAUUGUUUGUUUAAGCCUCACUUUCUCUCUUCAGUGGGGUAAAAUGGAAGAGGACAUGGUUGACCUGAAUGGGAAUCUUGCUUCUGAUAAAAAGAAAGAGAGAGAGAGAGAGAGAGAGAGAGAGA